AUGCUCAGCCUCAUUACUCUAGGCUUUAUUCUCGUUCUGAUAUGCUAUAAGCUUGUUAGAUCCCAUUUCGAAUCGCAGAAGGAUGAACAAUUUGCUGCGUCCAAGGGGUGCCAGCCACCUCGACGGUGGAGUGCGAAAUGGCCUCUGGGGGUUGACCUACUCGUGAAAGCAUUUCGUUACGAAAAAAGACAGCAGAUACUGAAGCUUUUCCUCGAGGAAGUUGCGAGUUCGGGAGUUACCUUUGAGCAGAAUCUUCUUUUCGCCCGAGGAAUAGAUACAGUCGAUCCGGAAAACAUCGAGGCCAUCCUAUCUACGCAAUUUACUGACUUUGGACUCGGCUUGAGACCCCCAACCUUUGCACCUUUACUGGGCAGCGGUAUCUUCACCCAAGACGGGCCCAAAUGGAAACACUCGCGCGAGCUUUUACGACCUCAAUUCAUGUCCAACCGAUUCAAUAAUUUCGAGCAGAUCAAACAUGCUGUAAACAACCUCGUUGAAAGUGUCCCCGAAACUGGUGUUGUUGACCUGCAGCCACUCUUUUUCCGUCUCACCUUCGAAACGACUCUGUUCCUAUUAUUCGGACAACAUCUGCCGUCUUUGAAGUCAGAAGGCAUUACAAGCCGCGAAUCCGAAUUUGCAAAUGCUUUCAAUGUAGGGCAGGACUAUCUAGCCCAACGGGGGCGUCUAGGUGAUUUAUACUGGCUCUGGGGAGGCCAAAAAUUUCGGGACGUCUGUAAAAUGUGUCAUGAUUUUAUAGACGAUGCUGUGCAAAUGGCUUUGGAGCUCUCGGUUCACAAACAGAACAGAGAUCUUCGGAAAGAGCCAUAUGUGUUUAUUGACGCUCUUAUUCAAGAAACCCGUGAGCCAAGCGCCCUGAGGGACCAGUGUCUUAAUAUUCUCUUAGCUGGAAGGGACACCACGGCAUGCUGUCUCACAUGGACUCUUCGUCUACUGGUUCAGCAUCCAAAUGUUCUUGCUAAACUUCGCGACGAAGUCAAAGAUGCAAUCGGUGUCGGCCCUGAGGCACCAGACCCUACAAUCAACCAAGUCAAGAAAUUAUCAUACCUGUCACUGGUUAUCAAGGAAGUUCUUCGCUUGUAUCCAUCCGUCCCUGUAAACUCCCGUGCGGCUACAAAGACAACCAUCCUUCCAACUGGUGGCGGUGUCGACGGGAAAGCUCCUGUCCUAGUCCGUCGAGGUGAAGCAGUAGGAUAUUGCGUUUAUGCUAUGCACCGCCGUAAAGAUAUCUACGGCCCCGAUGCUAAUUUCUUCCGCCCCGAACGCUGGGAAGAUGAUUCACUCAAGGAUGUGGGUUACGGCUAUUUACCCUUUAACGGGGGCCCACGAAUAUGUUUAGGUCAAGAGUUCGCGUUAUUGGAGGUAGGGUAUACCGUUGUUAGGUUACUGCAGACGUUUGAAACAAUUGAAAUGGCGGAAGAGAAGGGGCCAUACCCACCAGUUGGCGAAGAAAAGCAAACGCUGACCUUGGUCGUGUCGAGCGGUGAAGGUUGUUGGGUUAAAAUGAAAAAGUAA